AUGGGGAUCCUAUUGGCCAUCAAGAUCAUGUGGCAAAAUGCCUCAUCAAUAGAACGUUCAUACAAGCAAUAUACAAUGCUGAUAAUCAUGACAAUGCAUUUCCUAUAUUAUUCAUUUGCAACUGCUUGUCCUUCUAUGUGUCGAUGUGACAAUGGAUUUGUUUACUGCAAUGAUCGAGGCUUGACAUCCAUUCCUGCCAAAAUACCAGAAGACUCUACAACUCUUUUCCUACAAAAUAACCAGAUUAACAAUGCUGGGAUCCCAAAGCAACUGAAAAAUCUAUUGAACAUAAAAGUGAUUUACCUUUAUGAAAAUGCUUUGGAUGAGUUUCCAAUAAACCUUCCAAGAUCACUAAAAGAACUGCAUCUUCAGGACAACAAUAUUAGGGCCAUUACCCAUGACGCACUCUCAAGGAUUCCUUUCCUGGAAAAGUUACAUUUGGAUGAUAACUCAGUGUCCACAGUUAGUAUUGAGGAAGAUGCUUUUGCUGACAGUAAGCACCUCAAAUUGCUUUUUUUGUCAAGGAAUCAUCUGAGCAGCAUCCCUACUGGUCUUCCUAAAACACUGGAGGAACUGAGAUUGGAUGACAACCGGAUUGCAACCAUUCCACAGUAUGCUUUCAAAGGCUUAGUCAACUUGAGGCGCUUGGUAUUGGAUGGCAAUCUUUUAGCUAAUCAAAGAAUUGCAGAUGAGACUUUCAGCAGACUUCAAAAUCUGACUGAACUUUCACUGAUCAGAAACUCUCUGAGUUUUCCUCCAUCAAAUUUACCUAGUUCAAAUUUACAAAAGCUGUAUCUUCAGGAUAACCUCAUUAGCUACAUUCCACCCAAUGCUUUUUCUAAAAUGAGACAGAUCCAGAGACUGGACAUAUCAAAUAAUAAUUUAACAAAUUUGCCCAAAGGAGUCUUUGAUGACUUGGUCAACUUGAGUCAGCUACUUUUACGCAACAAUCCUUGGUACUGUGGCUGCAAGAUGAUGUGGCUGAGAGACUGGUUACAAACGACUGCAUUUCAUGUUAACGUGAGAGGGUUAAUGUGCCAAGGACCUGAUAAAGUUCGAGGAAUGGCAGUCAAAGACAUCAAAACAGAAAUGAAUGAAUGUUUUGAGACUGGUUUACAUGGUGGUAAUACAGCUCUGAAGACGACCCCAAUUGUACAUACAGUCACUGCCACUCAAGGAUUACAAUUCACAUAUAAACCAAGGCGGCCAAAUCUGAAGUCACCAGAUUCAGCUGUAGACCAUCCUUUGUCAGGAGGGUCAGGAACAAAACCAAUAAUCAUUAAUGUUAUGCCUUUAACUGCUGACACCAUUCGUAUAACAUGGAGGGCAAUGUUGCCAGUCACAUCCUUCAGGCUUAGUUGGCUUCGACUUGACCACAAUCCAUCAGUUGGGUCCAUCACUGAAACCUUGGUACAAGGAGACCAGACUGAAUAUCUUCUCACAGCCCUUGAACCCAAGUCGACCUACGUCAUCUGCAUGGUUACAAUGGAGGCCAGCAAUUUCUACGUAAGAGAUGAAACUCCAGUCUGUGCUAAAGCAGAGACUGCUGAUCUAUAUAGUCCAACCACAACAUUAAACAGGGAGCAAGAAGAAUCGGACCAAGUAGCCCUUCCACUGGCUGGUAUUAUUGGAGGUGCAUCAGCGUUAGUAUUUAUUGUUGUUGUCCUUGCAGCAUUCUGCUGUUACAUCAACAACAACAGGGAUGUUUUCUCACAGGAUCAACCAUACAACAGGGGUUGUAGGAAAAAGGAUGACUAUGCAGAAGCAGGGACAAAGAAAGAUAAUUCCAUCUUAGAAAUCAGAGGGAGUGGGUUUCAGAUGAUACCACUCAACAACCUACAGCGACCAAAGGAGGAAUAUGUGAUUCACACCAUAUUUCCAUCCAAUGGGACAAGUAUUUACAAGAACAGUCAUAGUACAGCACUUGGCAGUAACCGAGGUUACAGAGACGGUGGGAUACCAGAUGCUGAAUACUCUUACACGUGAUUGCAGUGAUGCUUCGUAGCAUUAUCAUCUCCAAUGCACUGCAAACAAAAGAUAUUUAAAAAAAAAUCAUAAAAACCGUUAGGGACAAAACACAAAGUCCAGCAGAAAAUGCCUGGCACGAUAUUUUGUACAU